UGUGUGUGCUUGUGUUACUUUUUCUGUACGUAUGAAUGAAAUAUGUAUGUGUGUGCGUGUGCAAGCAGCAGUAGAGCAGCAAUAGAACAACAGUAGAAUAGCCGUAGAGCAGCAGUAGUGAAACAGUAGAAGAGCAGUAGUAAAGCAUCUGGUAUUCUUGGCAGAUAAACAUAGAAACAUGUUUACAGGAACUUUAUUGCACAACAGACAUUUAGCGUAGUCGGAUCAACUGGUGAACAUGCAGCACCCGCCGGUUCUUUAAAAACAAACAAAGGCAAACAGUAAAUAACAAAACAGCCCUCUUUUUACCUUCUUUUUACACUCGAAGAAAUAUAUAUUAUUACUGUCAUAAUGUUAAUAAUCGUGGUGAUUUCCUUGAUUGUCUCAGGGACUUUCAAACGAAAGAAAAGAACAUACAGGAGAAAACGCUCUUACUAGCAACUGAAAUAAUAAUACUACUACUAAUAAUAAUAGUUAAUAUUAUUUCUUUUAUUUGCCACAAGGGCGUGGAAUGGAGGAGACAUUACAUGGACAAAUUGUAAAAAAACGAUGGUAUUUAUGUAGGUCUCAAUAGGGAUACAGCUACCUAGUUCCAGUCGAGGAAACCCCCAUAUAUGCAGGAUUACCGUGACUGCCGAAGAGCAAGUGUUCUCUCUCUCUCUUUCUUUCUCUCAAUACUUUUUCUCAGGCUUAUAUUGUGAUAAUAAUAAUGAUUUUCUCUUUGCUGCAAGGGCGAUGGAUGAAGGACAUUAAUAAGCGCAAAACAACAAAUGGAAACAAAGAACGAAAACAGAGUGUUAAUGAUAAUUACACGAGAAUAUCCGUGACGAUCCGGUGUGGUAUGUUAAAGAAAAAGUUAACGGAAUCCGAUAGUGAGUGACCCACAAUUUCAUUUUUGACAAGGCAGAGAAAGAAAACUCGAAGUAGAAAUUAAAUUUCUGUUGACUUGAGUGUUCAGCAUAUUACUGGUACUUACUUUUCUACACCUUCCUUUCGUUCUUCUCCUCGUAGUCAUGAAAUGUAAAGUAGAGAAGUCCACAGGAAGAUUCGAACCCAGAAACACGAGAAAGGAAACUACUAAAUACAGCGUUAUUAAGUUGGAUCUCUUACUCUCUCGGACAUUUCCCCAGCUCCUGUAGAAGCAGUAGUUGUAGUAAUAGUAGUAGUAGAAGUAACAAUAACAACAAUAAUAAUAAUAAUCAUAAUAAUAAUAAUAAUUAGCAACAACAAUCCAAUCACACAUGCACACACACACACGUCUAAUAUUGCGAACGGAUUCAAAUGUUUACAUAAAUAUAUCAAAACACAAACACAGACACACAUAGGCACACACACACAUACGCGCGCACUCGCGCGCACACACACACACAUACGUUGAGAUAUAAUGAAUUAAUAUCAAUAAUACUUUUAAUAUCCUAUAUCGGUCUAUAACACAACACUAUCUACCGUGGAAUACAGCUGAUAUCGAUGUGACUAGCUGCUCUUUUCCUUCAGUCCUCAUUCUGCUUUGGUUUACCAAUUUGAGGGAUUUCUGCUCAGAAAAAAUGAGUGGACCGAACCUGUAUAACCAAGGUGGAAUCCCUUCUUCUAAAGGAGAGUCAAAUACUCGAGUAAAUAUGCACAUCCCUGCUCUCCGGAUCCAGUCGGAGACCCCACUGCCAACAAAUUGCAGCCAGACACCACCAGUCCUACAACCCAGUGAUAAAUCAGUGCAGUUGCCACCACUGAAAACAUCUCGCAGGAAUCCCAACUGCAGUAAAUUGAUCAACACUCCCAGAGAUCCAGUGCAAAAUAUACCCUGUACUGCACAGCAAACAACUAAAAACAUUUCUUAUAUUGUAUCCGGCUCCUUACAAUCAAAUUCUUGCUCCCGACUUAAUAGAAACAAUGGAGCUUUCUAUGGGCCACAAUGUAUAAGUUUGAAUGUUCGACAAAGCAAUCCAAACAUCAGUUUUAAUGCUGUACGAUUAGAACCUCUCAACAAAAGCCUAAAUUCAAGUAGUUUGCCAUCAGGGCCUGUUUUGCAGAAUCACACACCAACUCUAAGUGAAAACUCAAGCAUUCGAUCAACACCAAGAGAUAAUAUACUCUCACAGUCUUCAUCCCAAUAUUAUGGCAUUGGUGACCGAUCAAUAGGACUCACAACCCAAAGCAUUAUAAACAACAAUAAUAUUGUAGAUAAACAUAAUUUUCUAGAAUCCUCUCUAUUUCAAGUUGACAAUAACCUAAGCAGCAACACCAACAACAAUGGCAACAAUAGCAAUAAUAACAACAACAAAAUAGAGUCACAGUCAGCUAACUCCAGUUCUCAGAAUGCAAAUGAACUUCCUUUCACUGCCAACUUAUUAACAGGUAGUGACAAUCAACAAAUACCAUGUGAAAGCUCAAAAUCCUUGUCUCCUUACUUUGUGGAGAAUUCUCCAACACCUUUCUCAUUUAAUAACAGUCCAAGACACUCUGCCAAUAUGAGCUCUCGUCUCUCUGGAAAGACAACCUCGCCUUUAUCAAUAGAUGGGGUUGAACUUACAACUCUAAUCAGAACAUCACCUACUUCACUGGUAGCCUGCCUCAAUGGAUCACGGAUCUCAUCAGCAAGUUUUUCCCCUCAGCACAUUGGGCAUUUAUCAGCUCGGAGCUGUGGAACACCCAACUCAGGGUCAGGCUCAUCUGGUAGUCGUAACUUCAGCUAUACCCCACAAGGAAUAUCUUAUGGAAUAAAAAAGGAAAUUGAUUCAAAUCUUGGUUUAAAUAGCCUAGAGAAUUAUCUGUUGCCUCUUUCAAGUGACAAUAAAGAUCUUUUCAUGAGGAACCAACUGGUUAUUCCUCAAGACCAAGUCGCUUAUGUAGAACAGAUGUAUAGCAAUCAGCGCAUGGCCACAUUGGACACUGAGCAGUUCUCAGUCCCUUUCUCAAGCAACAACUUCAAUGAGCAGAUCAACAACCAUAACAACAACAUGACAACAAACAUCAACAACAAUCCAAACAGUAAGCCCCCUGCUGAUAACCCGACCUCUGUAAGUACCAAUGACACAGGGACAAUUCCCACACGUCCACCUCCAUCUUAUGCACAAGCCCUACAUGAACAAAAACUCAAACAACAAAUUGGGCUUCCAUUGACAUCUGCAGGCCUUCAACUUUCAUCAAACUUGACUGUAAAAGCAGAACAUUUUGAAGAUGGAGAGAAAAAACAAAUUUGCAAGUGGAUUGAUUGCAAUUUAUUGUUUACUGAGCAAGAUGAACUUGUGCGACACAUUGAAAAAGUGCACAUUGAUCAGAGGAAAGCUGAAGACUUUACAUGUUUCUGGCAGGGUUGCCAACGCAGAUUGAAACCUUUUAAUGCUAGAUACAAACUUUUGAUACACAUGAGGGUACAUUCAGGAGAGAAACCAAACAAAUGCACAUAUGAGGGUUGUAACAAAGCAUUUUCCAGACUGGAAAAUUUGAAAAUCCAUCUACGCUCCCACACCGGUGAAAAGCCAUACCUUUGUCAAUUCUCAGAAUGUCAAAAAGCUUUCAGUAAUUCUUCAGAUCGUGCAAAACAUCAGAGAACCCAUUUAGACACUAGGCCUUAUGCUUGUCAAGUUGUUGGCUGUACCAAGCGCUACACAGAUCCAAGCUCACUACGCAAACAUUUUAAGAACCACACGCAGAAAGAUCAGCAGCAGAGGAAGAAGAUUCGCAGUGGGAAGAAUGACUUCACUCCUGAUACACUGACUGACUGUAUUUCAAUUCAGUCACUUCGUCCAGAAGAUUCUAUGGAAACAGAUGUCAAUGGUACCUUGUCUGGAGCAGCUAAUGACAUUUAUCAAGGUUUGGGAUUCCCCAGCAAUCAUUCUAGUCAAAAUGGUCCUUGCACCAAUCUUAGUCAUCAGUCUCCCACAGGAAUCCAGGAAAGUCCACUGAGUACCAGCACCUUACCUUUCUUGGAAGAACAGACUGAAAACUUGAAUGGGUUUUCUCCUGUACCAACCUCUUCACUGGUUAGUCCAAGACAAAUUUUACCAUCAAUUACAUCAAGACCUGGUGCUAUGCAGUCAACUACUAACACACAACUUGAAACCAACUAUAAUUCUUCUUUUACUCCUGACCUGUCUUACCAGUCCAACAGCCAACAUUCUCAGAUGUAUCCUAUGGCUUUUCUACAAGGAUCACACAUGGCUGAUAACCAUGGUAACUAUGAUGAGAACAGUAAUGGCCUUUGCAUGUCUCGGAUGACUAGUGGUGCAGCCCUCUACCCAGGUGCAUCAUCAAUGAACUAUAAGAUGGGUACAAAUUUCCCAAAUGGCAUGCAGAAGAGCUUCCUUCAAAUACCAACAUUUGAAGAAUUGAUGCCAACCAUUCCUCUAGAAGAUAUGCAAAAAGCCUUCUCAAAUUAUUCAGUUUAUGGUGAUCAACAAGCACUUGGUUCACGAGAAUUUGAUUCCUUUGGCCUGCCAUGUCUCACCACUGAAGAAAACCAAUUUCUACCUGUGGGUGUGGUCGACCGGUGUAGUAGCAGGCUAUCAGCUGUAUAUGCUGAGGGUUCAAUUUAAUAAGCACUACUGUUUGUUUAAUUGAUAGCCAAUCAUGUUGACUUCUUUCCUUCACUGAUAGUGAAAAUGGUAAAAGGUCAACAGGACUCUUUUGGGAAUUUUUUUUUGUUUUCAUUUUUUUUUUAUUACCUGAAAUAAGGGUAAAUUUGAAUGAUGAACCAAACUAUCUUCACACAAUACAGUACACAAAAGAAAAUAACAUACACACAUUGUAGAUUUUUAUGUUGGUUCACAAUUCCCUUUUUUGUAUAUGCAUUAUAUAAUGUGUGUGUGUGUAUAGGUAUAUUUGUCUGUGUAAGUGUGUAUAUAUAUAAUUAUGUAUAUAUAUAUGUGUGAAUGUAUGUGUGUAUGCAUGUUAUUUGAGUAUAAUGCAUAUGGUAUAAUUAUUAUAUUUAUCUUUUCUUUCUGUUAAUGCUGACUUUGAAAAGAAGGAAGAAACAGAAAAAACAUCGAUACUUGAAGAU